CUUCCUUAAAGCGUGAACAGUGCUACUCUCAGGAGAUCCCUAAGUAGUUUAAACGGGCUAUGAAGGAAAUGUUGCAUGUUUUAUGACACCAUACCAUGUUUGAACUUGAAGACAGAAAUGCAGCGCGUCUGUGACAAGAGAACAUCAUUAUAUUGAUGAAUCGUUGAGGUCAGGUUGGCGUUGCUGUGUGGGCAUGGGUGCUUUCCCUCGCUGGUCCAAAUGGCGAGUAAAGGGAGCGACGAGGUGGAAAAAUUGAAGACAAAGUUCAUGUCAAUGUGGCACAAUGUGAAGUACAGUUGGGCACUUAAAUCCAAGACGCCAUUCAGUAGAAACUCCCCAGCGUUUCUUCUGGGGAAGUGCUAUCAUUUUAAGGCAGAAGAUGACGACUGUGCCUCUGAAGACUGGCAUGAAUUCUCUGAUAACCUCGUCAUGGGGAACGUAGAGGCUUUCCGAAAAGAUUUUGCAUCUCGUUUGUGGCUAACGUACCGGGAAGAUUUCCCUCCGCUGCCAGGCAGCACUCUGACCUCAGACUGUGGCUGGGGCUGCAUGCUGAGGGUUGGGCAGAUGAUGAUGGCUCAGGCUCUUGUUCUGCAUGUCUUGGGCAGAGACUGGUCUUGGCCGGAGGCGCUCACCCUCCAGCCCUUAGAUGUAGAAACGCGGACCACCACAGCAGCUAAGCGACUUGUCGCUUCUCUGCAGGGCAACCCCAGGAUUUCUGAAAGCAGACAGUCUCUUGCACCUCAAGCCCAGGCAUCAGGAUCAGCAGAGGAAGCAGAUGCACAUUUGAAGGAGAUGGACCACAGAAAUCUGGUGUCCUGGUUUGCGGACGUCUCCUCAGCUCCACUGGGUCUGCACAGUCUGGUCCGUUUAGGAAUGAUGAUUGGAAAACAGGCAGGGGACUGGUAUGGACCAGCUAUGGUAGCACACAUCUUGAAGGAAGCUGUCAAGGAAGCGAUGGAGCCUGGCUUGGCGAGUAUAACUGUCUACGUCUCCCAGGACUGCACAGUGUACAAUGAGGAUGUCAUGGACUGCCACAAGGCCCUGAAAGCAGGAGAAACCUCUGGUGAGGCAGCAGAUAGUCCUCCUGUUGCACAAAAAAGCCAACCGUCAACAACCCCCACACUGCCAGAGAACCAAGCUGUCGUCAUCCUCAUCCCUGUGAGGCUCGGAGGAGAAAGGACAAACCCAGAGUAUUUUGACUUUGCAAAAAGGCUAUUGCGUCUGGAGUACUGCAUAGGCAUCAUUGGAGGGAAGCUCAAGGAGGCCUGCUACUUUGUGGGAUUUCAAGGUCAGUGCCAGCAUAAUGGAAAAUGGAGAAAGAUACAUUCACGCAGAGAUGACAGCUUGAUUUACAUGGACCCUCAUUACUGUCAGUCUUUUGUGAAUGUCAGCACCAGCGAUUUCCCUCUUCAGUCAUACCAUUGCCCCUCACCAAAGAAGAUGCCUUUCAGCAAGAUGGAUCCAAGCUGCACUAUUGGUUUCUAUUCUAGAAGUGCUCAAGAUUAUGAGAGAAUCAGGGAAGAAGUGUCCAAGUUGCUGGAGCCAUCAAUGAAGGAGAAAUAUCCGCUGUUUACUUUUUUGCAAGGUCGCAGCGCAGAUUAUGACCUGUCGGCGGGUCUGAGCACAGAGAAGCGGGAAUGGCCCUUUCUUAGGGAAUCGCGCAGAACCGUCACCACAGCUGGAGACUUUGUGCUUCUCUGACAGUCCAGUUUGACGGUACAAGAAAUGUUCCUUCAUAACGAUUCUAACUGUUGAAAUUCACUGCAUUAUGUCUGUCAGUGUUUGUCUGGCAGUGCAAACUGUGGAUUAUUCUUUUUGGGAAGUUAUUUGACAUUAUGUGGAGUUCUACUGAAUCUAAAUUCAUAACAUUUUUUUACAUGUAGAAUUAAUAAGAAAUCUUUGUAUUUUGCAUCACUAUUUAUAUUUUUGUAGUCAGUAUGUUUAUAUCAAUGGUUCAGACAUCUUAAGUUGUCAAAAGUUGGGUUUCAUUUGUAAAAUUAACUUGAUGUAAAAAAAAAAAAAAAAAA